AUGAAACGAUUUCAUUUAAAAGUUGACAAAAGUGGUGAGAGGAUAAACAACGUGGAGCUGCGUUCCGCCGAAUCUCUCGACAGGGAAGAACAAAGCAUUUAUCGGUUGAAAGUGAUUGCAGUCGAUGGCGGCCAACCAGCGAGGACUGGUUAUGCAAACAUCGAAAUCAAUGUACUUGACCUCAACGACAACUAUCCGCAGUUUUCCGAUAAUUUAUAUAUUCUUAACGUAGUUGAAAAUGCAGCUCCUAAAAAAUCUCUUUUCAAAGUUGAAGCAACCGAUAAAGAUGCAGAUACGAAUGGACUUAUAAAUUAUUCCUUUUCUGAAAAGACUAGAAAACAGUAUGGUGAUUUCUUUGAAAUAAACAAAAUUACAGGAAUAAUUUCUCAAAAUAAACCGUUAGAUUAUGAAAAAUUUCGCUCAAUUUCACUUGAUAUCAUAGCUAGAGAUCAAGGCAUUGAACCGCUCACCUCAAAAUCGACCAUGAUCAUUAAUGUUGAAAAUGUUAAUGACAAUGCUCCCCAAAUAACGUUUUAUGAAACCAACAGUGAUAAAAUAAACAUUUCACUACCUGAGGACGUCCCACUAGAAACCCACGUCUUGCACUUUUCGGUCGAGGAUGAUGACGGAGAUGAAAAUACCAGUUGCUCUAUCAGACUAAAUAAAACCAAAAUGUUGAUGCCUUAUCGACUCAAGAAGAAAGAAUUUUCUACGGAAUUUGUCAUUGAAACGAUCAGUGAACUCGACCACGAAACUUCCAACAAACAUGUUGUAAUUAUAGAAUGUCGAGAUGCUGGAACCCCGCCUCUUUCAAGUACUGUACUAUUCAAUGUCUACAUCAAAGAUGUUAAUGAUAAUGCCCCAAAAUUUACAUUGGAUAUCUACAACAUUUCUAUUAAGGAAAACAACCAGCCUUAUAAGCCUUUUAACUUCAGCAUUAAAGCAACUGAUCCAGAUGACGGAAAGAAUGGGGAUAUUAUUUAUUCAAUUAAAUCAGAUCCUUACGCUGCUUUUCAGAUAGAUGCCAAAAGUGGUGAACUUUGGACAACAGUGUCGUUAGACAGAGAGAAGAACAGUUUUUACAAAUUUGAAGUUGUGGCUAGCGAUGGAGGAAAUGAUGAAAAUAAUUCUUUGUCGAGAUCAUCAACCGCCGUCGUUACCGUGCUCGUUGAUGAUGAGAACGAUGAACCACCAAGAUUUCGACAGCCAAUUUAUAAUUUUACAAUUAUUGAAAAUAAACAAAGCAAAACUGAGUUAGGUCAGCUUACAGUCAAUGAUCUUGAUUUAAAAUCAAAAACAAUCUUUCAACUAGAGUCAAACAGCAAUCGAAUGUUUAGAAUAGACUCAAAAAGUGGAAAACUUUUUUCGAUUAAGCCUUUAAACCGAGAGGAGAAAGAUUAUUAUACUUUUAAAAUAAUUGCCAAAGACGAAGAGUUUCCUGAAAUGCAAAGCGUCGCGAUAGCCAAUGUAAUCGUUUUAGAUGAAAAUGACAAUCCACCAAUCAUUGAAUUCCCAACAUCUGGAAACGAAACAGUCUAUAUAUCAAAAAAUACUGAAGUUGGAUCCUUUAUUGCUAAAAUUAUUGCUAGCGAUUUAGACGCAGGAAAUAAUUCAAAUCUUAUUUAUUCAAUAUCGCAUAAUGAUCCUGAAAAUCAUUUCAAGAUAGAUGAAAGAACAGGGGAGUUAUUUCUA